UGGUGAUGAAAUGUUCCCCAGACUCGCUCCUCUCGUCGUUCAGCACUAUGUGCUGUUCAUUUCAAGCGACCGCAUCGGAUUCUUUAAUGUGUGCCAAUCAUUCUGGACUACUGUUUUUAUUGUUAUUUUGGCAUCUCGCAUGAACACAAGAUGAGGAGCAUGAGGUAUAAAGCAACGACUGUCAGACUCUGUGACCAGCCGCGAAUGUGCCGCGUGAGAUUAAUGCUGCUGUGCUUGUGCGUGCUCGUGGCCAUGACAUUAACCCUGGCGUUAUUAUUAUCUAACCAGCAAACAACCGAUUUGGACUUACCUCCCAGACCUCCUGAUCUAUUCAAAGACAAACUCAGUCACCAGCCAGGUAAACCCACAGUGUCUCAGGUGAAGCGUCUCGUGUCCCAGGUGAGCUGGGGAAGACUGUGGUACUCUCUUCUGCGGCCCCUUCUUAUUGAGCGAAAACCAGGAAGUCGUGGGAGCCGGGUUUUCCGAAAACACAUCUUUUCUCAGCUGGAUUCAUUAUCCGCAGGCUGGUCUGUAGAAGUUGAUUCCUUCAUCGCCGUGACACCUCGUGGCCCUGUCAGUUUCUCUAAUGUUCUGGCUGUGUUAGACCCCACAGCUCCUCGCAGAUUGCUGUUGGCUUGCCACUGCGACUCAAAGUCCAUACCUACAGAUCCAGGUGACCCACAGAAGGUGUUUGUGGGUGCGAGUGAUUCAGCGGUACCCUGUGCUAUGAUGCUGGAGCUUGUCACGGCUUUGGACCCACACCUCAAAAUACAAAAGCAGAUGAUGUCUCGGGUGACCUUGCAGUUGGUCUUUUUUGAUGGAGGAGAAGCUUUUGAGCAGUGGACUCCGACAGACUCACUAUAUGGUUCACGCCACCUCGCAGAUCAGAUGUCCCGCAUUCCUCACCCUCCAGGUUCUGAACACACUACGUUGCUAAAUGCUGUGGAUCUCCUUGUUCUUUUGGACCUUAUUGGUGCCCCAGAACCCUUGUUUGUGAAUCACUUUGAGAACACGGCUCGCUGGUUUGAUCGCCUUAUCGCUGCAGAGAAGAAACUUCACAGUUUGGGCCUCCUGUCCUCCCAUCCCAACGAGGAGAGCUAUUUCAGGAAGGAUGUAAACAUGGGGCUGGUGGAAGAUGAUCAUGUUCCCUUCCUUCAGAGAGGAGUUCCAGUGCUGCACAUGAUCGCUACACCUUUCCCUUCUUUCAUGCACACAAUGGAAGACACGGCAGACAAGAUUCACAGUCACACUGUGGAGAAUCUUACCAAAAUCCUUGUGGUUUUUCUGGCGGAAUAUCUUAGGCUCUAGGAUGCUAUAACAUUACAGCCCUCCACAUGCAUAAUGGAUCAUCUUAUGCCUCGGCUUCAGUGCUUUUGGAUAUCUCAUAUCAGUGACUAUUCUGAGGAAUGUAUUGUAUGCACACUGUACUGUAUUGUACAGUAUUGUACUGCCGCCCUAUAUAACCUGACAUGUGCUUUGGAUUUUCCGUCAUGUUAGUCAAUCAGUACUGUGCCUUCAGGGUAGAUUUGCUAUGUAUUAUUGCACUGUAUAACAACUUUAACAAAAUAAUAUUAUCUGUGCCAAAACAAGAGGUUUACAGAAGUGUGCUUGUCUAUUCAAUAAUUGUGCAAUAAAAUCAAUAGAAUGCAAUGUAGAUAUUUAGAGCUCAGGAAUGAAUGUAAACCUCAUAUUACACUAUGCACUUAAAAUGAAGUUUAUAAUGCUCUACGAAUUUUAAUCUACUUCAUUUAUACUGCAUUAAAUCAUGCAAUAUUUUUCUCAAAUAGUAUUGACAUGGCAAUCUGUAAUCUUUAGUAGCUAAAUGUUAAACCACAUAUAAUUCUAUAAUUUUGUUAUGUAAUAUUAAAUAUUUUGCACUUGCAGAUCGAGUUACAACAGAGAUGUGUACCUUGAUAUUAUAAUCUAUGCCUAAAUAAAGAAUAAACUGUGAGGACCAUC